CCAAUUAUUGACUUUCUUUUAUUCCUGUUGGAGUGUCUCCUGGUGUGAGAGUGGUGUAAGUGCUAAAUGGAAAGCAGUUCAUUGAAAAGUUUCUCACUGAAAGGGCUGUUCCAGGCCAGACCACAGUGAUAGCAUUGUCCCUUUGGAUGAUAGUAAUACAUGUAGUCUUGAUGUACCACUGAGGGAUGUGUCUUUUUUCCAAUGAACCAGUGAUCAUAGUGAGAGAGAGCAGUGAGAUCAAACACUUCAUUAUUGGGGCACAUUUGUGUUGAUUUUAACAGCAGGGCAGCUUUGUAUUGAACGGUGCUGGUGCAGAUACCAUGUGGGGCCUGUAGGGCUAUUCAGAAGCAUUGGGGAAAUCAAUUAUUGAUUUACUAUAGGAGCUGUUGUUUCAGUGAAUAAUUAAUGCAAGAAUUGAGCUCUAAAGUAUGAAGAGGCUGAUCAUGCACUACAUGCUACUCCAUUCAUCUAUUCAGCAGCACAAGUGUUUUUGCUGAUUUGUUGGGGCAGGGAGUCAGUAAUGGAGAGUUGACACAUGGACACUAUUUACAUUAAAGGAGGAAUACGCCAAGUAGAACUGGAAACUUUUUAGCAAUCUUGCAAGGAUUUACCAAAGCUGAAAUCAGUCACUUGGUGCUACUAUUCUCCAACGACAUGAAAAUUCAAUUCAGUGACUAGUGAUCAUUAACAUUGUACACAAACUCAUUUCAUGAAAAAUUGAUUGAAGUUGUAGCUUACCGUUGUACCAAGUCAUUAAGUUGUGAGGACAUAGGUUGGGUAGGAGUCAAUUACACCACCUUCCACCUAGCUGCCUUGAAUAGAGACCAGCACCAUGUUUGGUAUAGGAGGGGGUAAUGAAGAGGAGGAGAAGGCUAAAGGGGGGCCAGAGGGAGAACCAUUGGAUCCAGAGGCAUCUGAAGGAGAGGUUCUUAUGAAACAAAUAGAUGAUGCAACAAAUGAGUCCUUGGAAAGUACACGGCGGAUGCUGUCACUAUGUGAGGAGAGCCAAGAUGUGGGUAUUAAAACACUGGUAAUGCUGGAUGAACAGGGCGAACAACUGGAUAAGAUUGAGGAGGGUAUGGAUGAGAUCAACCGUGACAUGAAAGAAGCAGAGCAGAAUUUAGAGGGGCUGGAGAAAUGCUGCGGACUGUGUGUGCUUCCUUGGAAAAAAACUAAAAGCUUUGAGAAGGGAGGGGAUUACAAUGCCACAUGGAAAGCAUCUGAAGAUGGCCAGGUGAACUCCAAUGGUCCCAGAGUCCAGGCCCCUGGAGAGCAAGUCAUGAUUGGUGGCAACUAUGUCACAAGAAUAACCAAAGAUGCAAGAGAGGAUGAGAUGGAACAGAACAUCUCAGAGGUUGCAGGCAUGAUUGGUAACCUGAAGAACAUGGCCUAUGAUAUGGGCAAUGAAAUUGACAACCAGAACAGACAGGUGGACAGAAUCAAUCAGAAGGCCACCUCUAAUGAAGUGCGUAUCAAUGAGGCCAACAAGAGGGCUAACAAACUUCUCAAAAACUAGUCCAUCAUCACUGUGCUGCAGGCUUGCAAGUCUGGACCCCCACAGUCUCCAUGAUCAGUUUUGAUAUUCUGGUAGUAUUCAAAUUAUGUAAUUAUAUACCACAAUGGACAAUCUCAAAUUGUUAAAUUAGGUGAUGUGAACUAAACAUAUUUCAAUAAUCCAAAGGAGAGGGACUGCUAUUUCAAAUUUACUUUGUGUAUUAAAGCUAUGACUGAUGUGUUGACUGUCCUCAAAUAAAAAAAAAGUUUUUUUCUUUGUCAAAGGUUGAAUAAACACUAAAACAUGCUUUCUUAGAUGAAUGGGAUGGAGGAAUUUUUCACAGUAUUGAUGUGAAGUUCAAAGGCAUCCAAAUAUAUUUUCCUUUUACAAAGUGAUCAUGACAUGGCUUCUGGAACUUUGUGCAAUUCUUUUAGGGAGAUUAGAUUAAGGAUAUAUACGAAUAUGUGUGUAUGUAUGUGUAUUUCAAAAAAAAAAAAAAAAUUAAAAAAUCAUAUUAAAAGUUUUAGCCUCUAUAGGCUCUUUCAAGCUAUUCAGUUCAAAAAUAUUUUCAUGAACAUUUUUAUUAUUCAUUGGUAAAAUAAUCAAACAAUUCCAUCUGGUAACUCACUUAUUGCAUGCUUGUGUAUUUCUUUCUUCAUUUUUAACAUGCUUUUCACAAAGUCUGUCUGAAUUUCAUAUUGUUGAAUUUUGUUUCUGUUUUGUUACUUCAGUUACAUUUAAUUUGCUCAAAGUAAUAAAUGCUGGUGCACUAGAAUCUAGAGGAAACAGAAAUGUGUAGUUAUUUUAGAGUUUUGACUUUUAUCUUGUUCAUAUAAUAUCUGUAUUCUUAUUAAGCAAUUUAUUGUUUGGGUGAUUACUAAAAAUUCUGUCAUUAAGCCUUUCAUGUAAAAUGAUGCACUUAAGGGUGCGUACAUAAUAUUGUGCACCUUGAUUUCCCUGACAGAAAAUUUUGUAAAUUCAGUCAAAAUUAGCUCUUUGAAGCCCAGAGAAUAAUUGAUCCUUUAAUCUGGCUGAUGUAAAAUAGGGUGUAUUGCACCACAUUGCUUUCCGUAUGUUUGUGGAGUUGACUUGUUACACCCUGGCAAUGAUGCAGUCAUUAUUCAAAGUUUUUAAUUCCCAAUUCUAAGAACAGGAUCAAUCAAAUCAACUGGGCAUUUAGUCAGUGAUAACACAUUUGUUAAAUUCAACAGCAUUUGUAUAUUGUAAAAAAAA